AUGAGGGAACCUUUGGAUAGUAACAAAAACAUUUUUAAGAGGACAUAUGAUGACUCAAAGAUAACACAGUUAAUGAGAAAUAUUUCCCCCCUGUUUUUUAUGAGCGAGUUUUUAUAUAUACUAUUUUUACGUUACAAUGACUAUAUAUUAAGUACAACAUUUAAAGCAGAAGUAACUGAAGAUGUUAGAAAAAAAAUAUAUAAUAUAUUAAUACUAUUGUAUUUCUUAAAGCCUUUUUUUGCAUUUUUAACGGAUAGUGUAUAUUUUAAUAUAAAUAAUAUACUCUCCUUUUUGUCAAGAAAGAUAUAUGAGUUUUACAGCCAACUUCAGGAUUUGUUAUACCAUUGUAACAGAGCAGUAUGUAACGGAAAAUAUCUAUUUUUAAAAAUCGUUUGUAGAAAAUAUAUGAAAGAUGAAUUAUUACGGUCUAAAUAUUUAAAAAAAAGUAGUUUACGUAAAAAUCAUUAUGUAGAUAACUUCUUGUAUUUACCGUUAAAUAGAAAAUAUUAUGUGAUUUUAAGUGAGCUUAUGACAACCUUAUUGUUAUUAUUUAUAUAUGUGUUUAAUAAGAAGAUAAAUUAUUAUGUUUACUUAAGUACAAUUUUUUUUAUAUCUACUAAUAUGUUGUUAACGUCAUGUGUAUUUGAAGGGGUAGUAGUUGAGAGGUGCAGGAAACAAACGCACUUUGAAAAAAUAUUUUAUAUAUCUUAUAUGAUGUGUAUUAAGAUAUUUUGUUCUCUUAUAUUAUAUUAUAUUUAUAUUCUCAAAGUAAGUAUUUUUUUUUUAAUUUUAAAGAGUUUUAUUAUAUUUGUCAUUUCUUGUAUAUCUAGCGAAGAAACGCUUUUGUUAAGCAAUGAUUUUAAAGUACAACGUAAUAUAAUAUUAAAGAGUGAAAAUGGAAAUAUAAAUGUAAAAAAUACUGUAGAUUUAUUAUCGCAACUUCGCGUUUUAAGGAAAAUACUGUUUAAUGAAAACUUGUUUAAAAUACUUUUUCUCAUAGUUUUAUUUAAUUCUUCUGUUGAUAUGAAAUUUUCGAUGCUACAGUACGGUGUUCAGAAUUACAGGUGGCCCCAAUCUUUGAUUAAUUACAUCCCACUCGUAUCGCAAUCUUCAAAAUUAAUAGGAAUUGCUAUUUUUCAAUUAUAUACAAAUAAGAUGUGCUAUAGAAGUUAUGCAAUGAUAACAAUAUUAUUUAAUGUCUUUCUUAAAAUAGUUAGCUUUAUUUUUUUGUAUUAUAGUGAGACUUAUGUAAGUCCAUUUUUAUUUUUAUUGAAUAUAAUAGUUCAAAAUAUAUCUAUUAAAAUUUUAGCCCUUCCCAUAUUACUGUUAUGUAUAGAAAAAGCGCCUUUAAAUUUAGAAUCAACAAUAAUUAAUAUAUAUAUUUUUUGUUUUAAUUUGUCUAAUUUAAUUAGUAAACGAUAUUUUAUAUGGAAUAUUAUAAUGCAUAUGUCAAAAAAUGUUUUUAUAAUUUUACUUCUUUCCUUUUUAACAACAUGUGCUAGUUUACUUUACUAUUGUAAUAUAUCAUUAGAUUCCCUAAAUACUAUUAGCUUAUCUCAUUUAUAUUUAAAUGAUAAGGAUGCUUAUAUAGAUAUCAAGUUAAACAAAUCUCAGAAAAAAAAUUAUUUCGAUACGAAUUUAUUAUUUAAGAAUAAACAGGAAAAAGUAAAAUCGUCAAAAAAGAUUGUUCGUUUUAGAGAGGAAAGCAUGAAGAUAGAAAAAUAUAAGGAUGAUGAAAAAAAAAAUAAAACUAAUUUAUUUAAAUUUUCAUCUGACAAUAAUUCGGAUAGCGACCAAUGGCUCAUAAUUGACAAUUUUAAAGGUAACGUAAGAAAAAAGUACGCUGAUCGCAGUCCUCUAAAUAUUUCAAAUAUGAUGUUGUAA